AUGACUACCGCCCAUCGUCCCACCUUCGACCCAGCACGCGGCAAAGAAGCUGCUCGUGGCGAGGCAUACCAUCAACGACUACUUCCUGCACACAAAACCCUCAAAUACCGGCAGCCGUUACAAGGCAAUCCGGAACAACAGGCGAGGAGGGAUCUGAAAGCGGAAUUGCUACGAAGUGAGGCGAAAGCACAAGCGAAGAAGGAAGGGAGGGAGCUGGACGACGAUGAAGAUAUCAAGGACUCCGCGUUACGAAUGAAAAGCGGCGCCGACGACGAGGUAGAAAGCGGUGUCAAGCGCAAACUCGCCGAGACAUCUACCGGCGACGCAGAAGCAGAAGAAAAAGAAGACUACGAGGCCAAAAAACGCCGCAUCCUAGCCGAAACAAAAGACAUCGAUGCCGACUCCGAUGCCGCCUCCGAAGCCAGCUCAGAGGAAUCAGAUUCCGACGAUGACGAAGAAGACGAAACGGCCCAACUAAUGGCCGAACUCGCCAAGAUCAAAGCCGAGCGCGCCGAAGCUGCUGCGAAAGCUGCGGCGGAACAGGCGAGGAAGGAUGAGGUGCAGCGGGAGAAGGAUAUUGCGUUGGGCAAUCCGCUUCUUAAUGGUGGGAGUGGGAGUGGUGGUGGAGGAGCGGAGUAUGGGGUCAAGAGGCGUUGGGACGAUGAUGUGGUGUUUAGGAAUCAGGGACGCGGGACGGAGGAGAGGGGGAAGGAGAAGAGGUUUGUGAAUGAUUUGUUGAGGAGUGACUUCCAUCGGCGGUUUAUGGAUAAACUCGCCAAAAGACUACUCACUUUCUGGUACUCGUCCCGUAUCGUUGAUCUCCUGCCCGGUAAGCCCAUUCUCGUGAAGACGUUCAACCUCACUGGUGGCCAUGUUGUAUGGUUCUACUCACGGUCAGGAACAUCGACAACCUCCUAG